AUGGCUCUGACUGGCAGCUGCAUGUGUGGUGCCAUCGCUUAUAAGAGCGACAGCGACGCUGCUAUUACGGCUCUAUGCCACUGCAUUGAUUGCCAGAAAUGGACUGGCGGUGCCUUUACUUCCAAUGCCGUUGUCGCUGAGGGCGACUUUUCCGUUACCAAGGGUUCUCCCAAGCAAUACGAUGUCACCGGUGCCUCGGGCAAGAUAAACCACCACUUCUUCUGUGGGGACUGCGGCUCCAGCCUGUACACUCGCCUGGAUGUCAUGCCUGGCAAUAUCAUCAUCAAGGCUGGUGGUCUUGACAACGGCAAGGCCAACCUCGACAACAAGAUCAAUGUCGAGUUUUACUGCCGCGAUCGUGUUAGCUACCUGCAGGCUGCUGAGGGAGCCAAGCAGGAGCACCUCUUUGGCUAA